AUGCCAACAGACAUGGAGUCGACAGAAUCCCGAGGGCUGCCGUACGACGUCCUGUUCGAGGAUGCGUCGCAGGACUAUACGACACCGCUGCUGACUCCAAAUGACAUAGAGAGCAGGGAAAUCAUUCCUAAUAGAGAAUGGGGUGCCAAUGUUGUCAAAAUCCAGCAGAGAUUUAUCAUGAAAUUCGGUAGAGAUGUCCGACCAAUCGAAGCCAAUAACAUGCUCUACGUAGCAAAGCACACUACGAUACCGGUACCUAGGUUCUACACAAUCUAUCAAAGAAAAGAGGGCAAGAAAACCAUCACCUGCAUUCUCAUGGAAUAUAUACCGGGUAAGUCACUGAUGGACCUGUGGAGCGACAUCGAACCGACGUGCAAGGCUUCAAUUGCCCGUACUCUUCGCACAUAUUUCGAUGAGCUUCGGCAAUUGAAACACCCUGGGCACUUUGGCACAACCCACGGUGGUCCACCAAAUAUACACUUGUUCAUGCAAGAUGAUAUUACAGGGCCAUUGAAGAGCGAAAGAGAGUUCGUCGAUGCUAUUAUUCGAUCAUACGCCAUUGAGCUUGGCCCAAGAGGAGCCCAAAAGGUUCGGUACUACCAACGAGCUUUUCCAGCCAUCUUCAACGGUGACAAUAGUCCCGUAUUCUCACAUAGCGACCUCCAAAGGAAGAACAUCAUGAUAUUAGACGAUGGGUCAUUGGUUAUAAUCGUCUGGGAGUAUGCGUCGUGGAGUCUUGUUUACUGGGAGUAUUUUGUGGCCAUGUUUUGCUGCCUCGCUUGGACUGAUGACUGGCAUGAGUACGUUGGUCAAGCUCUGGAUGAGUAUCCUAAUGAGUAUUUAUGGUUUGCAACUAUGCAUCGGGAAAUGUGGUGUUGA